GCAAACGAGCGCCAAUCUGACUGUCAACGCUUGUUUAUUAUUUGGCGUUUGUAAAUUAAAUCUGUUUCAUGUUAUAUCGGUUGUUUUCUAAAUUUUUAAGGUGAAAAAUAGUUUCAAAUAAAUAGUAAUGAGCCGCAGAAGUACUCGACUACACGAACCGGACCCUAUUGGGGUAAGUUCCGGCGAGGAGCCUAGCAGCGUUCGAUCACAAACGCCAGUUCGCAAAUUUGCCCGUAAAAGUACGGCUCGAUACGCGCAAUCGUCCGAUGCGGACGAUGAACCGGUAGAUAGAAGACGUUCUCUGCGUCACCGCUCGCCGAACAAACGAUACACCGAGGACUUUGUUGCUGACACUCGACGCAGUCGCCGCUCGCGAGCCCCUUCUGAACCUGAGCCGAGUGAGGAUGACGAUGAGUGUGUCGAGGACGGUCAUCAACUGGAUGAGCUAGCGGUCAAAGUGAAAGCGACCACACUAUUCGAGGAACGAGAAGAUGUCGAAGGGCAGCGGAUUUAUGGGUUUAAAACUCCGAAAAAGCGAGGCUCGAUGAGUGUUUUAGUUUCCAGCGUUCAACAUCGGACGCCGACUACGGCGUCCAGAGUCGGCAGUAGCAGCAAACAGCCGACAAGAACACCGAAAACGCCCGCGCGUGGUACUCCUUCGACGACACCGGGCAGACGCAAGAGUUUGGCUGCGGCGAAGACGCCUCACAGAGACCGAAGCAAGCUGAAGAAGAAUAUCUCAAAAAUUGUACGAAACGAUUCCGCCUCGGAUUUUUCGGCUAGUGAAAGCGAUUUCGUUCCAACCUCGGGAGACGAGGAUGAUGACGACGACGACGGUGAUAAUGAAGGUAGUUCUGGAGAGGAUUCCUCCUCAGAAGAGGAAGAAAUCGCUAAGCCAAAACGUCCCGUCAUCAAGCAGCAACCGGCACAAAUUAGCAUAGCAUCGGCGCUACCACAAGCACGCGUUAGCACUCGAACCCGCGGCCGAAAGAAGGCCACCGAAUUGCAGUACGUGCUACAAAGUGACGAUUACUUUUCCACCCACAGCAGCUCGAAGGUAGUCACAUCGGAUCACACACUAGAUCGCCUGAAUACGCCCCGUCUGCCUCAUGAUCAACUCUUCCGGCUCCUUCGGGAGCUGCGCGGUUCCAGUGAGCACGAGAAAGCCAUCCACGAGCUGCACGAGGAGUAUGAGAACUAUUUCGCUAAGUGGCUCUACCUGAUGAACGAGGGCUUCAACAUUCUGCUGUACGGGUUGGGAUCGAAGCGCAAUCUGCUGCAAACUUUCCACCGAAAGAUUCUCCCCAACCAACCGGUUAUCGUGAUCAACGGGUUCUUUCCGACGCUAACCAUCAAGGACAUUUUAGAUGCCAUCACCGGGGAUGUGUUGGAUCUGAACGUUACCAGUGGUAACUUUCACGAGCUGGUGGAUAUAAUCGAGGAGGAAUUUAGUUUCCUUCCCAGGACGCAUCUGUUUCUGAUUGUGCACAAUCUGGAUGGGACCAUGCUGCGCAACAGCAAGACACAAAACGUGCUGGCAAGGUUGGCCAAGAUCGAUAACAUUCACCUACUGGCGUCGAUCGAUCAUAUCAACACGCCUUUGAUUUGGGAUUCGUCCAAGUUGAGUUACUUUAACUUCUCCUGGUGGGAUGUGACUACGAUGCUACCCUAUUCGGACGAAACGGCGUUCGAGAACUCGCUGCUGGUGCAAAACUCCGGCGCUCUGGCAUUAUCGUCAAUGAAGAAUGUUUUCAAUUCACUCACCACCAACUCGCGGGGGAUCUUUUUGGCCAUUGUGCGGCACCAGCUGGCGAACAAGGGUAACCCACACUAUCCGGGUAUGCUGUUUAAGGAUCUUUACAGCAGCUGCCGGGAAGCGUUUCUGGUCAGUACUGAUUUGGCGCUGCGAGCGCAGCUAACCGAAUUUAUCGAUCACAAACUGGUCAAGGUGAAGCGCACCGUUGACGGGGCUGAGAAUUUAUUGAUUCCCAUUGAGGCUGGUUUGUUGGAUCAGUUCUUGGAGGAGAAUCAGGAGAAGUGAAACAAAAAGACAACUAGAUUCCUACCCUAGUCGAAGAAAAGCAAAAAAUUUUCAAUCACCAAUCCAGGUUCUCCUUUGCCAUCGUGUAGCUGGUGCUGUUCUCCGAGUAGAACUGACCGUACCACUUUCGGUACGCCCGGAUCAAUCGAUCCUCCUUAAUCAGCAAAGGACUCUCGAUGAAUUGUUUGUGAUUCCAGAUCAUCAUGUCUCGCUCAAACUGUAGAAACAACAUCAAAUAAUAAAUCCUUUUGAUAAUAA